CUACAACGACAACCCCAGGUCUGAUUUUCAGGCUCACGAUGUCUACAACAAAUAGAUUUGCAGUUCUCAUAGAGCAAAACAUACACGCAGUGCCCGCCUUCACGCUCGAGUCUGGUACGGUAUUACGCGAUGUCCCCGUUGCGUAUAAGACAUGGGGAAAGCUGAACGAGAGCAGGGACAAUGUCAUGAUCAUUUGCCAUGCCUUCACCGGCAGCGCCGAUGUCGAGGAUUGGUGGGGGCCGCUAAUGGGACGAGGGAAAGCGUUUGACCCCAAUCGCUUCUUCAUAUUCUGCGCGAAUGUUAUGGGCUCGCCGUACGGCUCUGCGUCGCCGGUCACGAUAAACCCGGACACGGGGAAGCCAUAUGGGCCCGAGUUUCCGUUGACGACGAUUAGGGACGAUGUCCGCCUACACAAGAUAGUCCUUGACCAUUUAGGUGUACGAUCUGUGUCAGUAGCAAUAGGCGGCUCCAUGGGAGGUAUGGCCGUCCUCGAAUGGCCGCUCUGCACCCCUCCAGGCUACGUCCGCCGCAUAUGCCCCAUCGCGACCUCCGCUCGUCACUCCGCCUGGUGCAUCAGCUGGGGCGAAGCACAGCGUCAGAGCAUUUACAGUGACCCGGGCUACGAGGACGGCUACUACAAGAGCCAGCCCUCCUCAGGUCUCGCCGCCGCACGCAUGGCAGCGCUCUUGACCUACCGCUCGCGGGACUCCUUCGAGAGUCGCUUCGGGAGGAAACCUCAGAGGGUCGCGGACUCUGAUAUAAUCACGCCCCCGCGCUCGCCUGUUACGCCGGCGGACGAAGCUGUAGCCGUGCACAACGACGGGAACAGAAGCGCGAAGCACAGGCAUCUCCCGUCAGAUCUUCAGACAUCCUCCUCUACACCCGAUCGCUCCGCCGCAGCCUCGCCUACCCCUCGCCAGCCCAUCUUCUCAGCGCAGUCCUACCUGCGGUACCAAGGCGAUAAAUUCACCUCGCGCUUCGACGCGAACUGCUACAUCCACAUCACGCGCAAGAUGGACACGCACGACAUCGCGCGCGGGCGGUCCGCGAACCCGGACGAGACGCAAGCGCUUGCCGAGGUGCUCGCGACGCUGCCCCCGCGCGCCCUGGUGAUCUCAAUUCAGACAGAUGGGCUGUUCACGCCCUCUGAGCAGCGGGAGAUCGCGGAGCAUAUCCCCGAGGCGGAGUUGGUGACGAUACCGAGCCCGGAUGGCCACGAUGGGUUUUUGCUCGAGUUUGAAAAGAUUAAUGAGAAUAUCUUCAGGUGGCUGAAGAGGGAGUUCCCGGAGAUGUAUGAGGACGCGGAGGAGGCGCAGCCGGUCGAGGGCUUUGAGAUCAAAAAGACAAGUUUGUUCGGUGAGGCGGAGGCGGAUAUCACAAGGUGGUAAGAGCUAAUUGCGCAAGACUUGCGUAACCAUGGCGUAGGAGAAACGGACCAUGCGCGCGGACGCUGGGUUAUUUUAUUGUAUCAACAUAAAGCAGACACUUCAACAGUUGUCGUAUUACCCUCAACCUAUAAUCCAACUUACCGGAUCGUCGAAUGUAAAAGGAUGUUAUGUAAUUGCAUCAGUCAUUCGUGCUACAGUACUAGAGUAUUGUCCUUGUCCAAUAUCUUAUACGGCCUCACCGAUGAGUCUCUCGGGCAUCUCGACAUAUGCCCUCCAACAUUCAACAAACGCAGCAAGCUCUGCCCCUUCCACCACCCUAUGAUCCGCACUCCAGCUCACCCCAAUCUUCAGCCUCCUCUCGCCCUUGCCAUCGCCCCUAUCCACAUCCCAAACCCACUUCGCCCUCCCCAGCGCAACGAUCGCCACCCCACCACCCGGCACCAGCACCGGCGACGCAAAGUCACCUGCGCCAAUCGCCCCGACGUUCGACACCGUGAUCGUGCCGCCGCGCCUCGGCAUCUCCGCGGGCGUGAGCCCGCACGGCGUCUGGCGGCCCAGGUGCGAAAGGUGCUUGAGCUCUGCGGCGAGCGAGAAGACGGAGUGCGUGUCCACGCGCUGGAUGGUGGGCGUGUAGAGCCCUGUCGGCGUCGAGAGCGCGACGCUGAUGUCGGCGUACGGGCGGACGGUGAGCGUGGGUUUGGCGGUGUCGCCUGCGGCGCGCGGGG